UACAAGUGCCCCAGUCUUCCAACUGGAGCAGUCCCUCACGUUCUCGAGGGCCUGUUCAUCCUCCUGUGCCUCUCCCGGUGCUGCUGUCUGGGUGCACAGCUGAUGCGUUUUGUCCUACUCUGCUCUGGCCUAGAGGAGUAUUGCAAGAAGAAAGCCGUGGAUCACUUGAGAACAAAUCUGCAGUACAUGACAAACGGACGAUUUGUUGCAGACAAAGCUGUUACGCAACAAAUUCUUACCCAGAACAGAGGCAGGAAAUCCAAAGACCGGCCUCCAGAGAAGAAGACAAAGAAGAAGUCUGAAGGCACUGUCUUCACUGAGGAAGAUUUCCGUAAAUUUGAGAGAGAAUACUUCGGGACAGCUUAAACAAUGUGCCAGCAAUUCUUGCGGCUCCAGUCUUUCUGCAGCUCAGUGUUCAGAACAUAGAACUGGCCCUGUCCUCAACUUGUUUGAGAUGGGAUGUAGGAGACGUGCCUCUUCAUCAACAAGCAACACCACACUUGCAGAGAAACUCUGCAUCUGUGCAGAACUUGUUACUUGCUAGCCAAAGCCGAGGAGGUUGUCUUGGCUCUGCGAUGUUUUGUCUUUAUAAUUACCCACCUCCAGCUAACAUGUCUCUUACAUUCUUGAUGUAGAAGAGUGGAGCAAGCCAAGUAUGAAUCUUGUUCCUCUUCCUCAGGAUGCAAGGCCUCUGCUACCUGUAUUACACGGCAAGGAGCUUUUAAAGUUCUAUAUCUCAAUGGAGGAAAUAUUUGGGACCAGCAGAAAUAAAUCAUCAGAAGAAAGGGAAGGAUGCUUUGAAAGACUGUAUGUAAAAGCAGAAGUUAAACUUGAGCAGUCUUGCAGUUUCUGUUCUUAUUACAGCCUCUGCCAGGCUUUUCUGUCAUUGCAAAAAGUUUAUAUAUGUUAUGCGAUUAAAUAAGGCCUUUUGUAGAUACUACGUAC